AUGGCUCUCACAACCUAUGAAGAAGCGAAACCAGAACCCGAAGUCUUUAAAGAGCCUCCUGAAGUUGUAGUCACGCCGUGCGAUCCAUGGCCGCGACCGUACUAUGUCGAAAAAGGCUUGCUUCGCGUGGCUCCAUACUACUACACUUAUAAUACCUAUUGCAAAGAGAGAUGGAGGGGAAAGAAAUUAUUAGAAAUUUUUACUACGGAAUUCAGAGAUAGGCCGAAGGGAUAUUAUACGGAUGCCAUCGAAGGUGGUAGAAUUACAAUUGACGGGGUAAUUGCUACGGCAGACAGCAUAAUAAACAACGGACAGGUCGUCUCGCAUACAUUGCACAGGCAUGAGCCCCCUGUGACUAGCCUUCGGAUUAAAAUCAUACAUGAAGACAAUGAUAUUAUCGUUAUCGACAAGCCCGCGGGUAUACCAGUGCACCCAGCAGGAAGAUACAACUACAAUUCGAUAGUUGAGAUUAUGCGAGCGGAGCGCGGACAUGGCUGGAAUCCGUAUCCAUGCAAUAGGCUAGAUAGGCUUACCUCUGGUAUCAUGUUUAUUGGCAAGCAUCCGAAGGCUGCGGAACAGAUGGCCCAAGCUUUACGGUCACGAACUAUUCAGAAAGAAUAUAUUGCGCGAGUGAAAGGCUACUUCCCAGAUGGAGUCGUGCUAUGCGACCAGCCAAUGCUGAAAGUCAGCCCGAUUCUUGGGUUGAAUCGCGUUAGGGCCUCGGGAAAGGAGGCUACAACAAAGUUUCGCAGGAUAGCAUAUUACCCUCCUAUGAAAAGGGCUGAUAAUCCGGAUGAGACCAAGCCAGUGGUCUCACAGGACCCUGAGACGAGAGCUGCUACGCCCCCGCCUUCACCCGCCGACGUUGAUGAAGGCUACAGUAUUGUCCACUGUCUUCCACUGACAGGACGAACACAUCAAAUUCGAGUCCAUCUUCAAUUCCUUGGCCACCCAAUCACAAACGACCCUAUUUACUCAAACCGCCGUGUCUUCGGCACCAACCUGGGUAAAUCCGAGAGCACAGGCGAGAAUGACGAAGAGAUAAUAGCGCGCCUAUCUCGCAUGGGCAAAACUGAACCAGCGGAUUCUCUCUGCUACCAAACAUUCCAAACCCCGCCCCCGGAGCGUGUUACCAAAGGUGGUGACCCAGAUGUUGUUAACGAACUUCUAGCUCGUGAGCAUGACGUUAUGAUAAAUGACUAUUUAAGGAGAAAAGGCGAAAAGAUGAAUGGAGAACACUGUGACAUAUGUGGAACUGAACUGUACUCUGACCCGGGCGUGCAUGAGUUAGGUAUAUUCCUUCAUGCUGUCGCAUAUUCAGAUAUGACUGGAAAAUGGAAAUACAGGAGCCAGAUGCCUCAGUGGGCUAUGCCCCCUGAAGGGGUCGAGGGACCAAGGGAAGCCCCUGAAUGGACAGAAGACAAAGAUGGUGCUGUUGUUAUUGGAAAGGGUAUGAUGGAAGAUGAUGAAACGGCGUUGGUAGAGGGUCUGGGAACUAUUAACUUGACAAAGCUGGCGCAAGAGAGUGUGGAACCUGAGCCUAUUGCGUCUAAUGGUUAA